AUGGCACCCCGGAAAUGGAGCACUCCUGAGCAGGAGGAAUGGCUGUGUCCUUGGUAUGAGAAGUAUUGCGCAAAGCAAUCAGACCGAGCCAAGAACUGGGCAAAUUUCUUUACCGACUUGUUGGGGGAGUGGCUUGAUGUAUUCCCCAAGCCAAGGCCAGCUACAGUGCCACCUAUCAGGCCGCUGAUCAGGGACGAGCUUGUGAUCAUGGAUCAGGCUGAAGCCGAGCAAAAAAAGAAAUUAGAGAACCAUUUCAAAAAUAGCCUCGGGUCUACAAAGAUGGAACGGCAAGCAAAGGCUGAGGCUGCAAACGUCUUCAAUGCGGUGCUGAAGAGUGUCACCGAAUGUGAAAAGCUGACACGUUCCCUUCAGGAAGUCGAGGUGUAUUCCAAACUUUACUACCAGAGGUGUGUAAAGGUCAUGGUUAAUAACAGACUAAAGGCAGAAGCUGAGGUGCUACAAGCCAAGAACAAGGCACUUACUAAUGGGAUGCGUGUAGCCAUUGCCAAAAAGGAGGCAGUGAACCUCUAUGGAGGAGAGACAAAUGAAGUUAAGGCAGAGAGCGAAGACGAUUAUGGGAGAAAUAUUGAAAAACUCGCCGCUAUGGUCAAUAAAUUCUUGACCGGACUUGCGGAUGUGACAGGGUUUUCGUUCUCCCUCCUCGCAGGUGGCCCUUCUCCAGAGCUUGGUGGAUUGAUUGAUGUCUAUAGUUUUCAUAUAGGUCAAAUGAAGUAUGGUAACAACUUCAGUCAAACAUACCCAGAAUUUGAGAGCACUAUUAUGGCUCCUUUCAAAGACUAUCUGCACAGAGUUUAUCCAGAGGCCACAGCGACUUUGAAGACGAGGCUAGGGAGUGCAAGCGAUGAUCUCAAUCAUGAUGAUGGUGGUGAUCAUUCACCGAUAAGCGCUGGGGUGGAUGAAGUCCCAGACAUCAAUUUGCCUGAAAACUUGACUGAUAUCAAUUGGCCGGACAUAGAUGACUCAUUCUGGGAGGGACUCUCUGCUCAAGUCGACAUGUUUAAGGCAUCAGGCAGAAAUCCAAACCUGCCAUGCUUACCUCCCUACCCGCAGGCAGCAUCUGCCUUGGAGUUGCCAUCAGCUCUCAUAACUCCACCUCCUGGCUCACCCCCAAACAUAUCACCAUCACCUCCCAUAACUCCACCUCCUGGCUUGCCCCAAAAUAUAUCUCAGCCUGCACCCAUUGCGGUAUCACUGCAGGACUUACCCACACCACUACAGAACUCACCCACACUUCCUCCAACCACAACAGUGUCCUCUGAGUCCACACGAAUCCAGGCCCCAUUCAUAGAUUUCUUUCAGCCUACACCCAUCUUAGCUCCAUAG